AAAGCUCAGUUCUUUCAAACUAAUAUUCUGUCCCCACCAUCUCUCUAUAUCUCCUCGGUCUCCGCCACCCCGUUUGCCGGAAAACCUCCUCCUCCUUUCUACUUCUAUGUUCUGAAAAUCUUUAAGCGAAAAGAGGGUAUCCAACUCACAUCUCCUUCUCUCUCCAUCUCUCUUCAUUUCAAAAUUACUUCAAACCCCGUUUAGAUAUAUCCAUUUCUUAAAGAAAUCCAGAAAACCCAUCUCAAAUCGCUUCAAAAUACAUGUAUGUAUAGAUAAAAACGUCACACAUGCAUUCAUGAGUUGGGUUUGGACCGAGUAUCUUAUCGGGGGUGGCGAAUGGGUUGUCUUAUCUCUCAUCUGGCUGCGAAAUUCGCCUUCUUUCCUCCAUCUCCCCCAACCUACCAGAUCAAGAAAUGUGAUGACGGAAAACAAAUUGCUGUCUACACCUCCUCCUCCAUUCCCCUCACCGGCGGCGUCGAUGACGCCGGUGGCGGCGGCUGCUCACUUGAUGUAUUGUCACUAGAUACUAAAAGUGGCAACAAGAUCGUAGCUUUUUACCUGAAAAACCCAUAUGCAAGACUCACACUCCUCUAUUCUCAUGGCAAUGCUGCUGAUUUAGGUCAACUAUUUGACCUUUUUGUUCAACUCAAAGCUAAUCUUCGAGUCAAUCUCAUGGGGUAUGAUUACUCGGGCUACGGGGCAUCUACUGGAAAACCAAGUGAAGUUAAUACAUAUGCCGACAUAGAGGCAGUAUACGAGUGUCUUGAAACCGAAUAUGGAGUUAGCCAAGAAGACAUAAUUCUUUACGGGCAGUCGGUCGGAAGUGGGCCCACACUUCACUUAGCUGCCCGGUUACCGAGGUUAAGAGGCGUUGUUCUUCAUAGUGCAAUUCUUUCUGGCCUUCGUGUUGUGUGUCAUAUGAAAUGCACACUUUGCUUUGAUAUAUACAAGAAUGUUAAUAAAAUCAGGAAGGUGAAGUGCCCUACGCUUGUGAUACAUGGAACAGAAGAUGAUGUAGUGAAUUGGCUACAUGGAAAUGGAUUAUGGAAAAUGGCAAAGGACCCGUAUGAACCAUUAUGGAUAAAAGGGGGUGGUCAUUGUAACUUAGAGCUUUACCCUGAUUACAUCCGCCAUCUUUGUCAAUUCAUACAUGAAAUGGAAACAAUCACGACCAAAACUCGACUCAAAAAGAUCAAAUCCGAUCUCCACUUUCCAAAAAAGUCAAAGUCAAACCCUAACACAUGUAGUUUCUGUUGCAUAAAAAUCGGGCAGCCCGAAUGCCCGAAAUGUUGCAAACCGAGCUGUGGGUGGAAGAAACCGAAAUGCCCGGAUGUGAAAUUACCGAAAUGCCCGGAUGUGAAAUUACCGAAAUGCCCUGAUUGUUUGAGAUGUGGUUGUGGUUCAUGCGGAUGCUUCAUGUGUUGUUCAUGCAAAUGCAAUUUAGAAGUUCUUGAGGAUGAGGAUGAAGAUGAAGGUAGGGGGAAAAUGGUCACUUGCAUAGUUGAAUAG